AUGGAGGAGCACACUGAAGCGCACGCUUACAAACCACUGCUUAGUCAAGAGUCCCUAAUUGAUGAAGUCGACUCAGAUUCUGACGAUUUAACUGUCAAGAAGAAACCUGUAAAAAAUGGGGCCCUCGUCCACGUGGGGCCCCUGGAGGUUCUCAGGGGCCGCUUUGCCUUCGUCACCCCCAAACACCUGCAGCUCCUCAGGGGCCCGGACUGCAAGGUGGAGGUGGUGCUCAACCAGCCAAUCACAGCCAUGGUGGGCGGAGUCACGCCACAGGUGUUUGACUGCAGUUUCCAGGACGACGAGGUGAAGUACGAGCACAGUGGGAACCCGCGGCUGCAGGAGGACUCGGUCAUGUUCAGGGUUUACCGCUUCAGCCCCUCCCAAACCCAGCUCCAGACUCUUCUUCUCUCGGUCCGGAUCUCAGACCCUCCAGAGCCCUGGGUCUCUCUGGGUCCAGUCCCCCUCCUGGUGCCUCUCUUCCUGGGACUGUCCAACCCCAUAGACUCCUCAGUCCUGCGGAUCCGGACCGGGCUGGACCAGGCCUGCUCCGUGAGGCUGUACGGGGGUCUGCAGGUGGGACAGCUGGUGGCACCAGAGAGACACAACCACAGCACUCAGAGACUCCCUGGUCCAGUCCCUGGCUCAGACCCUGGUCCAGUUCCUGACUCAGACCGGGUCUCAGAGUGCUCUGGGAACAGCCCCUGUCUGGACCACACACGGCCCGUGGUCCUGCUGAAGUCCAGCUGUGAGGACUUCCUCCGGUCUGGACUCAGAUACCAGCACCUCAGCCCCCCCUCCCCCCAGACCGACUUCAUUCAACUGAGGAUCGAGACCAGAGAGAGGGAGACACGGGACCUUCUGGAGGUGAGUGAGAGAGGGAGGGGCCUUCUGGAGUCGCAGCUGUUCUGGGUUCCAGUGCGGAUAGGCCCCGCCCUCCCGGACACGCCCCCUCGCGCCUCCUUCAUGAUGUCGGCCAUCUUGGAGGUCGACCAGUUCGUGUUGACGCCGGUCACCGUGGCAACGCUGGACGCAGAGGACGCAGAGACGCCGCGGGAACGACUGGUGUUCAACGUGACGGUGCCCCCCAGUGGAGGUUACCUGACGCACCUGGAGGACCACAGCAGGGAGAUUCGCUCUUUCUCGUGGGACGACCUGAACCACCUGAAGAUCGCCUACCAGCCCCCCCACACCGGCCAAUCACAGCCCACCGUGGACCAGAUGGAGUUCCAGGUGAUUGACAGCUCCUUCCAGACCUCGGCUCCCAUCGGGGUGCACAUCUCCAUCAGAACGUCCGAGACCAACGCGCCACGAGUCUCCUGGAACAUGGGUCUGGUUCUCCUGGAGGGACAGUCCAGGCCAAUCACCUGGGAGCAGCUGCAGAUCGUGGACAGAGACAACAUCCAGCAGGUGGCGCUGGUGGCAGUGGACGGGCCGCAGCACGGGUACCUCACCGUGAGAGGAGUGAAGUCGUUCAUGUUCCGCGUGGCCGACCUCAGCCGCGGUGACGUGGCGUAUCACCAUGACGAUAGCGACACGUCACUUGACCACGUGGUUUUCCGCAUCAGCGACGGGCGCCACAGCCUGAGGCACCGCUUCCCCAUCAGCAUUCUGCCCCGGGACGACUGCGCCCCCGUGCUCCUCCACAAUGUGGCUCUGCAGGUGGAGGAGGGCGGGGAGGCGGAGCUACAGCACCACCUGCUGGCGGCCGACGCAGACUCCAGCGACCUCCACAUCACCUUCACCGUGACCACGGCGCCGAGCUGUGGGAGGCUGAUGAGGAGGAGCCACAACCGGGACACAGGUCUGGAGGUCCGGUCUUUCCAGCAGAAGGAGCUGGUCCAGGGUCAGAUCUUUUACCGUCACUCUGGAGACGAGACUCAUGAGGACAGUUUUGAGUUCAGUCUCUCGGACUCCAGCGAACCUCCCAACGAGUCCCAAGUCUAUACGGUGGUGGUGCAUGUGUUCCCGGUGAAAGACCAGGUCCCAGUCCAGGUCUCGGGUUCGGUCCGGACUCUGACGCUGAGAGAGGACCAGGUGGUUCACAUCACCUCAAAGCAGAUCCACUUCAGAGACCCAGAAGAUCCGGACCAAGACCUGGUUUAUACCGUCACACGGAGCUGCUACAGUCCAGACCGACCAGGUUUGAUGGACGCUGGACGACUCUUCUUCACCGACAACGUGAGCACCAUGAAGAGAGACCACAUGGUCCCGGUGCUGAAGUCCUUCUCUCAGUCUGCAGUCAGUCAUAUGAAGGUGGGUUUCAUGCCGCCGGUGGAGGACAUUGGACCAGACCCGCUGCUGGUUCGGUUUGAGUUCUCGGUGCAGAACCAUCAGGGAGGAUCCGUCUCUGGUCUGGACUUCAACAUCACGGUCCUGCCGGUGGACGACCAGAAACCACAGGCCUUCUCCAACCUGCUGCGUGUGGACGAGGGCGGCUCCGUGUUCGUCACAGAAGAACACCUGACGCUCAGAGACACAGACAGCUCUGAGGACGCACUGCACGCUCUGCUCCUGAAGGCGGCGCUGCACGGCACUCUGCACAGGCAGGGACACAGGCUGAGACCAGGAGACCGCUUCAGCCUGGAGGAUCUGAGGGGACUGAGGAUCAGAUACGUUCACGACGACUCAGAGACGACGGCAGAUGAAGUGUCUCUGAGGAUCUCUGAUGGUACCAACCAUGUGGACAUCACCCUCCACGUACAGAUCUCACCGGUGAACGAUGAGGCCCCGGUGCUGGGCGGCUUCCUGCUGGGCUCUCUACUGUGUAAUGAGUCCGGUUCGGUCCGGAUCUCGCUGGACCAUCUGCGGGCCUCGGACCGGGACUCGGAGGACCUCAGGCUGCUCUACAUGCUAGCCCGCACACCGCAGUAUGGGAACCUCCAGAGAUCUGGGGUCAAUGUGGACCGCUUCACCCAAGAAGACCUGGUCCAGGGCCGGGUCUCCUACAGCCACUCAGGAGCUGAGCUGGGUCUGUCUUCGGUCCUGGACACCAUCACGUUGAUCAUCUCUGACGCUGAAGCUGGUUUGAUUGACAGCUGCUGUGGAGAUGUCCCACCCCCUCCCAUCCCGCUGCAUGGGUCACUUCCUGUUUACGACUUGAACGUCACCAUACUUCCUGUCGACAACCAGCCGCCCAUCCUCACCGUCGGCCCGGUUCUGCUCUCUGUGGAUGAGGGGUCCUUUAGGGGCCUGGGGAGGGGGGUGCUGGGGGCCACAGACCUGGACACACCCCCUGAUGACGUCAUCUUCCAUGUGCUGACUCCGCCCACUCACGGCUUCAUUGAGAACACACUGCCCCCUGCAGGGUCGGAGAAGAGCAACGCAGGUGUACCAGUGGAAUCCUUCACUCUGUCGGCGCUGAACGACGGUUUCAUAAACUACGUUCAGUCUCGUCACCGUGGCGUUGAGCCCCUCGCCGAUCACAUGACCUUCUCUGUGAGUGACGGAACACGUGACUCCGCCCCCUCGCCGCUGCACGUGGUCAUCAACCCAACAAAUGACGAGGCUCCGGACCUGCGGCUCCGAAACAUCACCGUGGAGGAGGGGGGCCCGGGGUCUCUUCUCGUGGACGCCUCAGAUCUGGAUGUGCCUCUGGACGUGUUGACCUUCACUGUGUCCCGCCCUCCACAACAUGGCCGCCUUCUCAUCACUGACCACACACAGCAGGGGGCAGCACUGAGCACCGACCGCUUCACCCUCCAAGAGCUACGCCAAGGUAUCGUUUUGAGUCCCAGGUCCACCGAGUCCCAGGUCCACCGAGUCCCAGGUCCACCGAGUCCCAGGUCCACCGAGUCCCAGGUCCACCGAGUCCCAGGUCCACCGAGUCCCAGGUCCACCGAGUCCCAGGUCCACCGAAUCCCAGGUCCACCGAGUCCCAGGUCCACCGAGUCCCAGGUCCCCCGAGUCCCAGGUCCACCGAGUCCCAGGUCCCCCGAGUCCCAGGUCCACCGAGUCCCAGGUCCCCCGAGUCCCAGGUCUACCGAGUCCCAGGUCCCAGGUCCCCCGAGUCCCAGGUCACUCCUCCCUCCCCCUCAGGUCACUCCUCCCUCCCCCUCAGGUCUCUCCUCCCUCCCCCUCAGGUCUCUCCUCCCUCCCCCUCAGGUCUCUCCUCCCUCCCCUCAGGUCUCUCCUCCCUCCCCCUCAGGUCUCUCCCCCCUCCCCCUCAGGUCUCUCCUCCCUCCCCCUCAGGUCUCUCCCCCCUCCCCCUCAGGUCUCUCCUCCCUCCCCUCAGGUCUCUCCUCUCUCCCCCUCAGGCCUCUCCUCCCUCCCCCUCAGGUCUCUCCUCCCUCCCCCUCAGGUCUCUCCUCCCUCCCCUCAGGUCUCUCCUCCCUCCCCCUCAGGUCUCUCCCCCCUCCCCCUCAGGUCUCUCCUCCCUCCCCUCAGGUCUCUCCUCCCUCCCCCUCAGGUCACUCCUCCCUCCCCCUCAGGUCACUCCUCCCUCCCCCUCAGGUCUCUCCUCCCUCCCCCUCAGGUCUCUCCUCCCUCCCCCUCAGGUCUCUCCUCCCUCCCCUCAGGUCUCUCCUCCCUCCCCCUCAGGUCUCUCCCCCCUCCCCCUCAGGUCUCUCCUCCCUCCCCCUCAGGUCUCUCCCCCCUCCCCCUCAGGUCUCUCCUCCCUCCCCUCAGGUCUCUCCUCUCUCCCCCUCAGGCCUCUCCUCCCUCCCCCUCAGGUCUCUCCUCCCUCCCCCUCAGGUCUCUCCUCCCUCCCCUCAGGUCUCUCCUCCCUCCCCCUCAGGUCUCUCCCCCCUCCCCCUCAGGUCUCUCCUCCCUCCCCUCAGGUCUCUCCUCCCUCCCCCUCAGGUCUCUCCCCCCUCCCCCUCAGGUCUCUCCUCCCUCCCCCUCAGGUCUCUCCCCCCUCCCCCUCAGGUCUCUCCUCCCUCCCCUCAGGUCUCUCCUCUCUCCCCCUCAGGCCUCUCCUCACUCCCCCUUAGGUCACUCCUCCCUCCCCCUCAGGUCUCUCCUCCCUCCCCCUUAGGUCACUCCUCCCUCCCCCUCAGGUCUCUCCUCCCUCCCCCUCAGGUCUCUCCUCCCUCCCCUCAGGUCUCUCCCCCCUUCCCCUCAGGUCUCUCCUCCCUCCCCUCAGGUCUCUCCUCCCUCCCCCUCAGGUCUCUCCUCCCUCCCCCUCAGGUCUCUCCUCCCUCCCCCUCAGGUCUCUCCUCCCUCCCCCUCAGGUCUCUCCUCCCUCCCCUCAGGUCUCUCCUCCCUCCCCCUCAGGUCUCUCCCCCCUCCCCCUCAGGUCUCUCCUCCCUCCCCUCAGGUCUCUCCUCCCUCCCCUCAGGUCUCUCCUCCCUCCCCCUCAGGCCUCUCCUCACUCCCCCUCAGGUCUCUCCUCCCUCCCCCUCAGGUGUGGUGUACCUCCAUGACGGAUCCGAGACCCUCCAGGACUCUGUGGAGCUCAGUUUGUCCGACGGGAAGCACUGGAUCCUGGGCACGGCCUUCAUCACCGUCCGGCCUGUCAACGACCAGACGCCCACUCUAACCAGGUCCCUAGGUCUAGAGCUGGACUGGGGUCAGACCAGAGUCCUGUCCAGCCGGGUCCUGGAGGCCAAAGACCAGGACUCAGGUUCAGAUCAGGUUUACUACAUCCUGAUCACCGUGCCCAGCCAGGGCGCGCUGCAGAUUCAGAACGGCUCUGAUUGGUCGGAGCUGUCGCCGGGGCAGAACUUCACGCAGCUCGACGUCGACAUGAACCGAGUCCGAUACGCCCACAGGGUCAGAGGCCACACCCACUCUGCAGAGGGAGGAGGCCACGCCCACUCUGCGGAGGGAGGAGGCCACGCCCACUCUGCGGAGGUCAGAGGUCACGACAGCUUCAGGUUCAAACUCAGCGACGGCGAAAACGAGACUCCCACCCAGAGUUUCUACAUCCAGAUACGAGUACACACCAGAGGACCCCUUCAGCUCCGCACUCGUCCUGCUUACGUUGUCGCGGGACACAGACUGGUCCUGAACUCGGACCAUCUCCUGGGUCUGGACUCUGGACCGGUACAGGACCUAGUCUACAGGGUCCUGGAGGGUCCCAGUCUGGGGGUCCUGAGUCUGCUGAAGUCCCCCGGAGUCCCACUCACCACCUUCACACAGCUGCAGCUGAGCGCACAAGCUGUGUGUUACACGCACGACAACAGCCACAAGGGGGCGACGGACUCCAUCAGCCUGGUCCUCUCUAACGGCCUGGUCUCAGUCCCUGGUUCCCUGAUGGUCCAGAUCCGUCACUGGGACCGGAUCCCUCCCUCUCUGGAGCAGAACGCCGGUCUCUCUGUGGAGGAAGGGUCCACUGGGAUCAUAACCGGAUCAGAUCUGCGUCUGAGCGACCCGGACACGGCUGCAGCAAACCUGAGCUUCAGGAUCACCCAGAUGCCCCGGGGAGGAGCGCUGCUGCUGCACGGACGGGAGCUGCUUCAGGGGGUCUUCAGUCAGAGGGACGUGGACCAGAACUCGGUCUCUUAUCGUCACGACUCCAGAGCUCAGGGCUCCACCGACUGCUUCCACUUCCUGCCCACGGACCAAUCAAACGCUGGCUUCCUCCUGUACGGACAAAUCAGCACGGAGCCUGUGGUUUUCAACAUCACGAUCCGCCGGCUGGACCGCUCUCUACCCUCGCUCCUCCGCAGACGUGCUCCGUCCACAGUCUCAGUUCUGAGGUCUGGACUUGUGGGGAUCGUCCUGGACCGGUCUCACCUUCAGGCCUCAGACCCGGACUCCGAAGACCAGAAUCUGAUCUACACCAUCAUCAGAGGACCCCAGCACGGGCGCCUACAGAACAUGCAAACAGGUUCUUGGAUCUUCACCCGGUUCCGUCAGAGAGACCUGGACCUGAAGUCUGUGGUUUAUUUAAUUCCUGACGACGUCGACGUCACAAACGACAACUUCAUGUUUGUUCUGAGCGACGCCGCAGGAAACAGCCUCCAGCCCCAGAGUCUGGACCUGUCCUGGUCUCGUGUGGACUUCUCGUUCUCCUGCUUCAGAACCUGUGAGACCUCAGACCAUCUGCAGAUCCAGGUCCAGAGACGAGGAUUCAGCUCCGAGCCUGUGUUUGUCCAAAUCCAGGUGGAGGAGGGCGGAGCUAAAGUCGGCACAGACUUCACUCACAGUUCUGCUUCUCUGCUGCAGUUUGAUCCAGGAGUCGGAGUGAAAACCUGGAGUAUUUUUCCGGUCUCAGACGAACUGGAGGAAAACCACGAGUCCUUCACCGUCGCUCUGACCUCGGCCCAGAACUGUGUCCUGGGACCAAGGACCUCUGCUGUGGUCCAGAUCAUGGACCCGAGAGGAGGUCGUUGUGAUCCUUUUGAACCUUUUGAGGACAGGGACCCACUGGUCCCUGGUCUCAGUCCAGGUCUCAGUCCAGGUCUCAGUCCUGGACCAGACCUGGAUCCUGUGACAGAAAUUGAGACAGAGUUGAUCUUUGAGUCGGACUCAAAAAGUCCAGCCAGAGGAGACGUCCCAGACCGACUGCUGGACUUCAGCCUGCGGGACCAGGCCUGGACCCAAGACCAAGAGCAGGGCUGGACCCAUGACCAAAGGCUGAAAGAGGACCUCAUAGGCCAGAGUAGGACCCACCCCCGAGACCUGCGGAGGCCCCAGAUCCAGGACCAGAUCUGGGACCACAGAGAUCCUGGACUUCAGGAGCAGGUCUCCACCGACAGAGGGCAGCAGCGAGUCUGGACGUUUCACAGCCUCAGUCGCCUCAGAGUUGAACCUCUGAACCAGCACCAGACCCAGGACCAGACCGUGGACCAGAGCCUGGACCAGAGCCUGGACCAGACCCUGGACCAGAGCCUGGACCAGAGCCUGGACCAGACCCUGGACCAGACCCUGGACCAGACCGUGGACCAGACCGUGGACCAGAGCCUGGACCAGACCGUGGACCAGAGCCUGGACCAGACCCUGGACCAGACCCUGGACCAGCCACUCAGAGACGCACCCUCAGCACCAGGAAGCGACACCUCCUCCCCCUCCUCAGCAGGAGGCGACACCUCCUCCUCAGAGGGCAGCAUGUGUCCCUCCUCCUGGACGCUCCACAGGGGGCAGUGUUUCAGGCACAGUGCGUCUGUGGCGUCAUGGAGCAGUGCCCAGAGGACCUGCUCUCUGCUGUCCAACAGUUCUUUGGUGUCGGUUCAGUCCAGACGAGACCUGAACUGGUUUUGGAGGUUCACCGGGAGGCGGCCAUUUUGGACCGAUGUGUCUGACUCCGCCCACAGUGAUGUCAUGUCUCUGUCCGCCCUGAAGGGGGCGCCGUGUGUCCUGGUGAAAAACCCCAAGAACUGGAUCCAAACGGACUGUUCCCCAAACUCAGAGCACGAAUUCAUCUGCUCCAGACCAGGACUGAGACCAGAGACCAGAGACCAGGACUGA